CUCUCACCUCCUACGUUCCUUUUUCGCUACAGCAAGCCACAAGCCAUCGCGUUUCAGAGUCGUUGUACUAUUGUGGCAAAGUAUCUUUCCGAAGCCGCUUCCGCCUCUUCGCAAGUCCAGGUCGACCUCGAAUACAUUCCUACACUUGACCCUGCCUGACGCCACUCGAGCUGCAAAUACUACAAACACCUUCUCUACCGUCACCCACCACCCUUCUGCAUGUCUACGACGGUCACAAUGCCGGGCCGCACCCUUCCGACGAUCCCGGCUGCUGAAGUGCAGGCGCACAACAACGAAAAGUCCUGCUACGUUACAAUUGGCACCAAAGUCUACGAUGUCACCGACUUUCUCUCCGACCACCCCGGUGGCGAAGAAUACAUUCUGGAGUACGGAGGCAAAGAUGUGACGGAGAUCCUCAAGGACGAGAUCUCGCACACCCACUCCGAUUCUGCAUACGAGAUGCUCGACGAGUAUCUUGUUGGAUUCAUGCCCACCGAGGCAAUCAUAAAUGGCGCUACCAAGAGCAGCAAACCGGGGGAAAUCGUCCCUUUGCUGCCUUCCGAAGCAGGCAAAGCAGAGCUCAUGGGCAUGACGUUGAAUGGCACACCGCUAUAUGCUGCGACUGGCAUGUCCUCGGCAGAGGACCUCUCGCGGGAAACCGAUGCCAACGUAGAUUACAGACAGCACAAGUUUCUCGAUUUGAGCAGACCGCUGUUCAUGCAGGUCUGGAAUGGUGGAUUCGACAAGGACUUUUAUCUGGAGCAGGUGCAUCGCCCACGACACUACAGGGGAGGAGACUCUGCGCCGCUAUUUGGCAAUUUCUUGGAGCCGCUGAGCAAGACGCCGUGGUGGAUGGUGCCAACGAUAUGGUGGCCGUGUGCUGCGUUUGGAACAGUGCUGGCCGCUCAACAUCUGACUACUGCUGGUUUGGUAGCGAGCUGGAUGUUUGGGCUGGGUUUCUGGACGAUUGUCGAGUAUGUUCUGCACAGGUUUUUGUUCCAUCUGGACGCACAUCUCCCCAACAAUCGCGUGGCCAUUACACUGCAUUUUCUGCUCCACGGCAUCCACCACUACCUACCCAUGGACAAGUACCGACUCGUCAUGCCGCCCACAUUGUUCAUUGUGCUCGCAAUACCGUUCUGGAAACUCGCGCACAUUGUCGUUCCUUACGACUGGUACGCGGCGACGGCUGUUUUCUGCGGAGGCAUUUUUGGAUACACGUGCUAUGAUAUGACACACUACUUUUUGCACCACCAGAAGCUUCCCGCAUACUGGCAAGAGCUGAAGAAGUACCAUCUUGCGCAUCACUUUGCAGACUACGAGAAUGGGUUUGGAGUCACGAGCCGCUUUUGGGACUGGGUGUUUGGCACCGAGCUGGCGUCUUCACCGUCGGCGCCCAAGGUCAUCAAGUCUUCGUAAAGGCUACAAGACCAAGGGGAGUGUGUUUUCGCUACGAUUGGUGUAGAUGGAUGGGCAUUUAGAGGGCGUUUGGUGAAUUCUGUGCAG